CUCUGUACAGGUUACAGUCCCAAGAAGGGGGAACGCGCUGCUCGCAGCCUCCCAGCAUGGCAGCCCAGAAGCGCCUCGCCUUCUCCAUCAUCCAGUUUCUACAUGACCAGCUACAGAACGGGGGUCUGUCUCCAGAUGCUCAGGAGAGUUUGGAAGUGGCCAUCCAGUGCCUGGAGACAGCAUUUGGGGUCUCAAUGGAAGACCAAGGCUUAGCUGUGUCCCAGACUCUCCCUGAAAUAUUUGAAGCUGCUGUAGGAAAGGAGCCUGAACACCUCAGAACAAAUUCAGAGCCCUUCACCCCCUCUGAAGAUGACAUAGCUGAAGCUGAAAGACUCAAGACUGAAGGAAAUGAACAAAUGAAGGCAGAAAACUUUGAAGCUGCUGUGUCUUUCUAUGGAAAAGCCAUUGAAUUAAAUCCAUCCAAUGCUGUGUAUUUCUGCAACAGAGCUGCUGCAUACAGUAAACUAGGAAAUUAUGCUGGAGCAGUGAGAGACUGUGAAAGAGCUAUAGGCAUUGAUCCCAACUACAGCAAAGCUUAUGGCAGAAUGGGCUUGGCCCUCUCCAGUUUAAAUAAACACACAGAAGCUGUUGUUUACUACAAAAAAGCCCUGGAGCUGGAUCCAGACAAUGACACGUACAAAUCAAACCUUAAAAUAGCUGAACAGAAAAUGAAGGAGACUCCUAGUCCGACUGGAGGUCCAGGAGGAUUCGAUUUAGCUGGCUUGCUGAACAACCCUGGCUUCAUGAGCAUGGCAUCAAACCUCAUGAACAAUCCCCAAGUACAACAGCUCAUGUCUGGGAUGAUUUCUGGUGGCCACAGCACCAUGGGAGCAGCAGGAACCAGCCCCUCCACGAAUGAUCUCGCCAGCCUCAUCCAAGCGUGA